CAGUUGCUUGUUUUCACUGCGUGCCGAUUGUCGUCUACACAUUUUCUCCUUCAAAGAUUCAAUUGAAAUCAAAUUAACGAGAUGAUGUCUCCCAUUUGGCUCUUAAUUAAAAUGGCCGUCAUCUUCUAUUAUUGCGUCACGUGCUGUGAUGGCUUCUCCGAUAUGCCUCCACCUCUACCUGGCACCAACACCUAUCAAUUGCGAAUGCCCGGCGCUGUCCCCACAGUCGAUGACGAUUACAUUUGCACAGCGUUCAAAUUGGACCCGGAGAAGGAAAUGUACAUCACCCAAUUCAAGGUGGAAGGGACGGCCGAUAGAGCCCAUCACAUGAUUCUCAGCGGAUGUGCUGGCGAAUUAACCAACUCUGCCACUCCGUCCUGGAAAUGCGCUUCUCACGGGACUGGAAAAGUGUCGUGUUCCGGACCAACGAGAAUUUUAUACGCCUGGGCUAAAAAUGCCGAUGGCACUCGUUUGCCUCCGUCCGUUGGCUUCCGCAUCGGUGGCCCUGGCAAAUCGCGGGUGAAAUAUUUGAUCAUUCAGGUGCACUACGCCAACAAACUGGCGCCAGGAGUGCGCGAUUACACCGGAUUGGACUUGGAAAUCACCAGCCAACCGCAAAGGUACAUUGCUGGAAUUUUAUUAAUGCUGGCCUUGCCGGAAAUCCCGCCUCACCAGGCAGUUGUCAAUUCUGACAUUUGCUGUCCGAUCGAUAUGCCCGUCCCGAUCAACAUUUUCGCCGCCCGCGUUCACGCCCACGGGCUCGGAACGGUCGUCACCAGUUACAAAUACGACCCCGAAACGCGCGGAACGGAAUUGAUCAUUAAGGGAAAUCCGCAAUGGCCUCAAGCGUUCUACCCGACGACGCGUGAAUUUACCAUGACCAAAGGCGAUGAAAUUCUGAUGAGGUGUACCUACAGUUCUCUAGGCAAAAGCACUUUCACCUAUGCAGGUCUUACUGGAUCCGACGAAAUGUGCAAUGUGUACCUGAUGUACUACACGGACAACACCGACAUCGGGGCUGAAUUCCAGUCGUGCGGAUACUUGUGCAAUGCGGAGCAAAAUCGAGCCUAUCCGGCCGAUUCCAUCCAGCCGCUCCCACCCAAUCCGAUUCUGGAGGCUUACGCCAUCCACGGCAAAAUGAACCACCAACUGCGGACCAAUUCCAGCACUUCUGCCAUCCAGGAAAUGCCAAUUGUUGUUGAACCAAUCAUCAUCGACAACAAUUCGUCACAGCAUGAAACGUCUAAUGGGGAAGGUCUGAUGGUCAAUCACGAUGUUCAUCAUCACGUUGAAAUGGAGUCGACAACGAACGUUGCAGAACCACCAGCAGUUACGAUUACGCAAGCGACCAAAGAAAUUCGCCGUGAAAAAGUGAAAGCAAUAUCUAGCAAAUCUGACAGUCAAAAGAAAGAUGACAACUUUUGGUCAUUUUUAUUCUUUUUUCGUCGUUUUUUCUCGUAAGUUUUUCACAACACCGGCAAAUGCUUACAGGAAAUGUUGACCAAAAAUAAUUCAAAGAAAAUUGGCACCUACUGCAAAGUUUAAUGAAUCAAUCGUUAAUUGUAGAUGUCAGAUGGCAGUGGCACGAAAUAAAUGAAAUUCAAAACUAU